CAUUAUUCAGUGGGAAUAAUGAAUCGAUGACCGUUUGCGUUUGCGUCAGCUGAUACGGUUCUGUUCUGUUCUGUUCUGCGUUGUGCGGCAUCUGCCUGUUGUCUGUGCCCAGUUAGGAAGUGCUGCCAAAUCCUGAUUACCAACAACAGCAACAACAACAACGACAACAGCGAAAGCAAAUCAUUUUGGGCCAACAAACAUGUUUGCUUGAGACUGAGACCGGCCAACAUAUUUCUUUUUUGGGCAGUCGCAUCACAUCAUCGGCUCGAACUUGGCUCGUGGCUCAAAUAAAGGACUCGCUGCGCAGCUCGAACCUGAGAGAGAAAGAGAGCGGCAAGCAAACUCUCAGAGAGAACCCGUGAGAGAGUGAGUGAGAGAGAGCGCGGAGUUGGGCAAAAGAACAACACGAGGCCAAGAGCAGAGACGGAAGUGGCGACAUCUGUUUUGCCGCUUUGUCAGCUUAUCCGGCAGCCGUUUUGCCUUUUGCCGAUGCCAUAGCCGAGGACAGGCGAAGGACAACGACGUCGACAGGGACGACAGAGAGCGAGAACGAGAGCGAGAGAGAGAAAGAGACACACAGGGAUAACGGGCACGUGAAAUACACAAGUGUGGAAAUUGGAAUUUUUAUUCAAAACAAUGCCCCUGCUGCAACAGUACGAGGCGUCUGACUGCAACGGUGGCAGCGGCAACAUGCGUGCCUUGAGCGGCGCCAGCUCUGGAGAUUUACUGCAGAAGCAUUCGUCGAUUAGCUCGCUGCUGGAACAGCAUCAACACCACCACCAGCAACAUCAUCAUCAUCAUGGGCAUGAUCUGCUGGGGAGACGCGGAAUUGGCGGCGGAGAUGCCAAUGAUGGACUUAUAUCAUUCAUAAAUGAUCCAAUCACACUGAACGAUCUGCUUGGCUUAUGUGGUGGCGGCGGUCCGGCAACUGCAGUCCAGGCCACAACAACAACAACAGCAGCAACAGCGCCAACAACAGUAGCAACAACGGCAGCAGGCAUCGGAGCAGGCAGCUCCGGCUCUGGCUCCGGAGCCGGAGCUAACGGCAGCAGCAGCUGCAGCAGCAGCGGCGGCGUUAAUAACUUGCUACUUGGCAAUGCGGCGACUGCUGCAGCUGCCGCUGUCGCUGCCGCUGCCACUGGCGAUUGCAGCCAACAGCUGUCGGCGAAUGCAGUGGCCUAUGCCCCACUGACGCCGAGCUCCACACAGUCCUCGGCCUCACCCGGAACCAAGUCAAGUUUUGAUUACUUUCAGUUUGAAAAUGUUGCACAAAGUAACCCACUUAAGGCUUUCCAAAGAUCAAACAUCAGCUUCGAUUGCUCUGCACCCUUAUCGCCAAGUACGCCUUCAUCUAUUUACAAUCGCUCCUUUCACAGUUCACCUUUAGUCAGUGACAGCAGCAACUCAUCCAGUGCCAAUGGCUUAUCGCUCGACUCAAUUAAUAUGCUCUAUCAGCAGCAGAGCUACAGCAAUUUGGGCAACACCAACGGCGGCAAUCUUGGUCUAAAUCUGCAGAAUGCAUCGACGCGUUCCAAUUCCCCGGAGAGUCAGAACAGCAAUCAGUCCAUCAAUGAACCCAAUCUACUAGACAUGAUCAAUCUGCUGUCUGUUAGCAACAAUAAGCUGGCAUCCAUGCAACAGCAUCAACACCAGCAGCAGCAGCACCAACAACAGCAACAGUCGCAACAUCAGCAGCAGUUUCAACAGCAGCAACAACAGCAAAAGCAUUUACAGCAACAUCAACAGGCCCAACAACACCAUCAUCAACAGCAGCAGCAGCAGCAGCAUCAACAACAUCAGCAACAACAGUCGCAGCAUCAGCAGUUCAACAACUUGAAUCGAAACUACGAAUCGCAACUGCUGAGUGGAUCACAACAGCAACAGAACUUUGAUUUGGGCAACAGCGAUUGCCUGAACCAGUGCAGUCUAGAGAACUUCACCAUUGUGGACAUGGAGCUGGCUAAGUUGCAGAAUCUGCAGCGCAUCAACACGCUCAAGCUGUUGCAAGCACAAACCCAGCAAAUGCCUCUGCUCAAUCAACUGCUUCAGAGUUAUGCGGGCAACUUGCCUGCUGCCGGCAGCAGCUCGAACAACAUCAACAAUACCACAACGGCAGCCAGCUUAGGCAAUUUGGUGGGCGGUGGCACGGGCAACAAUGUGAGUGUGGCUGCCAAUUCCGGCGGUGGCACGUCGGGCACGUCCAACGAUUGGCAUUUGGAUCGUGUGGCCAAGUUCUACAGGAGCUCGGCGGCGUUGUGCGAGGCCACAUGCACUUGGAGUGGCCAGUUGCCUCCUCGUUCGCAUCGCAUGUUGAACUAUUCCCCCAAAGUAUUUCUCGGUGGCAUUCCUUGGGACAUUAGUGAGCAAUCGUUAAUACAGAUCUUCAAGCCCUUCGGUUCAAUCAGAGUGGAAUGGCCUGGUAAGGAGCAACAGGCGACACAACCCAAAGGAUAUGUCUACAUUAUAUUUGAAUCGGAUAAACAGGUGAAAGCAUUGCUUUCAGCUUGUGUAUUGCAAGUCGAUGACUCGCAUAGUGGCAGCAAUUAUUUCUUUAAAAUCUCCUCGCGACGCAUCAAGUCAAAGGAUGUCGAAGUAAUUCCCUGGAUAAUAGCAGACUCCAACUUUGUGCGCUCCAGUUCUCAGAAGCUGGAUCCAACGAAGACUGUUUUCGUUGGCGCCUUGCAUGGCAAACUGACUGCCGAGGGAUUGGCCACAAUAAUGGAUGAUCUGUUCGAUGGUGUCCUCUAUGCGGGCAUCGACACGGACAAGUACAAAUAUCCCAUCGGCUCGGGUCGUGUGACAUUCAGCAACUUUCGCUCAUACAUGAAAGCGGUGUCAGCGGCCUUCAUUGAAAUUCGCACUUCCAAAUUUACGAAGAAGGUACAAGUGGAUCCAUAUCUGGAGGACGCUUUGUGUUCGAUUUGCGGAGUGCAGCAUGGACCAUACUAUUGCCGGGAGCUCUCAUGUUUUCGUUACUUUUGUCGCAGCUGUUGGCAGUGGCAGCACAGCUGCGAUAUUGUCAAGAAUCACAAACCUUUGACGCGCAACUCAAAGUCACAAACCUUGGUGGGCUUUGGGCCGUCGUCGUCGUCAUCGACGAUUUCGCUGGCGUUUUCAGGCAGUGGCAAUCGCUCGAAUGCGGAUCAAAAGCUGCAGCAGCAGCAACACAGUCACAAUCAUCACAACAAUCUUCAAAAUCAUCAGCAACAGCAGCAGCAGCAAAAACUUAUCCAACUUCAGCAACAUGCCGCCAAUCAGCAGUCAAACAACUUGAAUCUCUGUUCGAACAGCGGCAACUCAAACGCAGCAGCCAACUCAUUGUACAACUAUCAACAGCAGCAGCAUCAGCAUCAACAGGCAAUUUAAGCGCGUGCGUCAACAAAUCCCAAUGUGCCCACUUUUAGCGUACCGUUUUAACGUACUUCAAGUCUUCAAGUCAAGCAUUGGAUUACAUUUUUUUGAAUUUUAAGUAAUACCAAAAUUUUGCACUUUUAAGCAACAGAAGAAGCCAAACCUAUCUGAAUGGCCAGAUUUGAACGUAAAUUGUUAGUGUUGCACACGAGCAUUCACCAUGAAUAUUGUAAAUCUACACACAGUUAUUUUGAUGUAUUUACACGAACGGUACGAUAUUAAGUAUAAGUAUAGGAAUAUAUAUAUAUGUAUACGUACGUGCAUAUAUAUAUGUAUGUGUAUUACAUAUUAUACAUGUA